GGACAGGUUGGAAGUAUGAAACGGGGUGGGCCUGUUGUCAUGGGGGAGGUGGUGGCGCUAGGUGGCUACUGGCGGCCGAGGUAGAGGCAGUGGCGCUGGAGUUGGUCGGGGGCAGCGGCAGGUUUGGGGCCUAAGCUGCUGCUUCCAGGAAAGGGAGCCAGUGCAGCUGCUGUUGCAGCCCAAGAUCUAGGUUGGAAUAUUGGUGGGCCAGCAAUCCCCAGAUGCCUCACUUUGGAUAGAUGAGGAAACUGAGGCUUGGUGAAGUUAUAAAACUUGUCCAAAGUCACACAGCUUCUAAAGGGCACAGCCAGGAUUCAGAGCCAGGUUGUAAAAAUUAAAAUGAACAAACUACGGCAGAGUUUUAGGAGAAAGAAAGAUGUUUAUGUUCCAGAGGCGAGUCGUCCACAUCAGUGGCAGACAGAUGAAGAAGGGGUUCGUACUGGAAAAUGUAGCUUCCCGGUUAAGUAUCUUGGCCAUGUAGAAGUUGAUGAAUCAAGAGGAAUGCACAUCUGUGAAGAUGCCGUAAAAAGAUUGAAAGCUGAAAGGAAGUUCUUCAAAGGCUUCUUUGGAAAAACUGGAAAAAAAGCAGUUAAAGCAGUCCUGUGGGUGUCAGCAGAUGGACUAAGAGUUGUGGAUGAAAAAACUAAGGACCUCAUAGUUGACCAGACAAUAGAAAAAGUUUCUUUCUGUGCCCCAGAUAGGAACUUUGAUAGAGCCUUCUCUUACAUCUGUCGUGAUGGCACCACUCGGCGCUGGAUCUGUCAUUGUUUCAUGGCUGUCAAGGACACGGGUGAAAGAUUGAGCCAUGCAGUAGGCUGUGCUUUUGCAGCCUGUUUAGAACGUAAGCAGAAGCGGGAGAAGGAAUGUGGAGUGACCGCUACUUUUGAUGCUAGUCGGACCACUUUUACAAGAGAAGGAUCAUUCCGUGUCACAACAGCCACUGAACAAGCAGAAAGAGAGGAAAUCAUGAAACAAAUGCAAGAUGCCAAGAAAGUUGAAACAGAUAAGGCAAUUGGGGGCUCAUCAGUGGCCCCUGGCAACACUGCCACAUCCCCGUCCUCUCCCACCUCUCCCACUUCGGAUGCCACUGCCUCUGUGGAGAUGAACAAUCCUCAUGCCAUCCCACGCCGACAUGCGCCGAUUGAACAGCUUGCCCGCCAAGGCUCUUUCCGAGGAUUUCCUGCUCUUAGCCAGAAGAUGUCACCCUUUAAACGCCAACUAUCCCUGCGCAUCAAUGAGUUGCCUUCCACUAUGCAAAGGAAGACUGAUUUCCCCAUCAAAAAUGCAGUGCCAGAGGUAGAAGGGGAAGCAGAGAGCAUCAGUUCCCUGUGUUCGCAGAUCACCAACGCCUUUAGCACACCCUCUGAGGAUCCCUUCUCGUCUGCCCCAAUGACCAAGCCAGUGACAGUGGUGGCACCACAGUCUCCUGUCUUUCAAGGGACUGAGUGGGGUCAAUCUUCUGGUGCUGCCUCUCCAGGUCUGUUCCAGGCUGGUCACAGACGCACUCCCUCUGAGGCUGACCGCUGGUUAGAAGAGGUGUCCAAGAGUGUCCGGGUUCAGCCGCCCCAGGCCUCAGCUGCCCCUCCGCAGCCAGUUCUCCAGCCUACUCCACCCACUGCCAUCUCCCAGCCAGCACCGCCUUUCCAAGGGAAUGCAUUCCUCACCUCUCAGCCCGUGCCAGUCAGUGUGGUCCCACCCCUGCAGCCAGCCUUUGUCCCUGCCCAGUCCUAUCCUGUGGCCAACGGGAUGCCUUAUCCAGCGCCUAAUGUGCCUGUGGUGGGCAUCACUCCCUCCCAGAUGGUAGCCAACGUGUUUGGCACUGCAGGCCAUCCUCAGGCUGCCCACCCCCAUCAGUCACCCAGCCUGGUCAAGCAGCAGACAUUCCCUCAGUAUGAGAUGAGCAGUGCUACCACCAGUCCCUUCUUUAAGCCUCCUGCUCAGCACCUCAACGGUUCUGCAGCUUUCAAUGGUGUAGACGAUGGCAAGUUGCCCUCAGGAGACAAGCACACAGAGGUUCCUGCAGGCACCUGCCCUGUGGAUCCUUUCGAAGUGCAGUGGGCUGCAUUAGAAAGCAAGUCCAAGCAACGUACUAACCCGUCACCCACCAACCCCUUCUCCAGUGACUUACAGAAGACAUUUGAAAUUGAACUUUAAGCAGUCUGUAUGGCCUAUGUAUCUUGUUUGUACUUAGGCAGGGGUGGGAGUGGAGGUCAAAGGCACAAAGGGGACUCUGCUUUCCUGAUAAGUACACUUUUCAGUAAUCCCCAAAGUCCCCAGGACAAGUCCAGGCACAGAGUGGAGUGAGGGGUGAUUUUGAAAGAAGUGGGGAAACCCAUUCCUGGAAAAGAGCUGCCUUGCAGUUAGGCUAAAGAAGUCAAGGAAAUGUUGCCCUCUCUCCUCAUCUCCUUACAAGUCUCUGGAAACAGAGAUGCAGAAGUAUCUAAACAGGAAUCUGUAUUCAAAGCACACUUACUGGAAUAUAAAACACAAUGGGAAGCAAAACGAUCUCCCUUUGUUUUUCAGGCCAUUCACCUGCCUCCUCAGUACUGGCCUGUCUUAGAGAUCAAGAACAGAGUGGCUUGUGCUCAGGCUGGGUAAGAGAGGGGCAGGCUGUGUGGCCAGGAUUCCCGGGAGGGCAUGUCAGCAGUUGCCCGGCAGAGCUAUAUUUUGGGGAUAAAGUUGAGCUUCCAUUUUGAGUAACAGAAUAAAUAUUAUAAAUAUAUAUCAAAAAAGCCAAAAUCUUUAUUUUUAUGCAUUUAGACUAUUUUAAAUAGUUCAAUAUUAAAAAGUUGUAUGAGUUGUAAGUAAUCUUGCCAAAGGUAAAAGGGUUAGCUGUAAGAAAUUGUACAUAAGAUUGAUUUAUCAUUGAUGCCUAUUGAAGUAAAAAAAGGAAAGGUUGAAGGUGGCAGACGGGAUCCCUAGUUUGUUCAGUAUCGUUCAUUGUAAGUAGCACAUUGCAGCAACAAUCAUGCUUAUGACCAAUACAGUCACUAGGUUAUAGUUUUAAAUAAAGAAAAUGAAAGAGCAGUAUUGUCCUGGUCUUAAACUUAUGAUGAAAUUCUAAUGCCAUUAUUUUAAUGGAAUCUAAAUAUGCUCUAUAGAGAACAUGUAUUUUAUGUUAAUCCUUUUUUUUAAACACUGAGGUGACAAUUACAUAAUCAUAUCCACAGAAGGGAACACAGGUUACUGUGUUGGGUCAUUAUGUUGAUGUUGGUUUAGUGGGUUUUGUUUUGUCCGAGUUUUGUUUCUCCGAGUUUUGUGGGGAUGGGGAUUCUGGUUUUUACUAGCUUUGUGUGUUUUUCCUGUUUUGGUUAGCAAAAAGUCCCAUUGCCAGUUGCAGCCAGUUGACCUCUGGUCAAACAACAUGAGAUCCCAUCUCAUUUUUACUUUUAAACGUUGGCCUUACAAUCAAAUGUAAGUUAUAUAUAUUUGUACUGAUGAGAAUUUAUAAUCUGCUUUAACAAAAAUAAAUGUUCAUGGUAGAA